CGAACUUCUAGUGUAGAAGCACAUGUUCAAUGGCUUUUCCAAGUCACUUUUUAUAAAAGCUAAUAUUUUGCCUUGUUCGCUAAUUUAUUAUUUAUAUCUAAACGUCGACAAUCCUCUCAAGUAUCUUUUCGAUGCAGACUUGCCAUGAAAUGAUCGAUGCGACGCAGAAGACGGGCAACCUUUGAACCUCUAAGGAAUAAUUCAACCACUUCGUCCAUCCCUCGAUAUCCCGAAAGAGAAGACUGACACCUUUCUCCCCUUCCUCGGCCGCCUAUCCCGGGCGCGCCUCGAUUACAACAAUGCCUUCCAUGUUGCGACUCCUACGAUCACGACCGAAUAUCCUAUCCCUUACCUCGAGGGCUAACCGGUCAAAUCCGCCCAGUUCUCAAAUUAUCCAUGUGCAUAGAGUCAAUAUCCGGCGAAAAUGGUUCAAGCCAAUGAAUUUUAUAGUCGCCGGGUGCAUCUAUUAUAUGUGCUACCAAGUAUAUACGUCGUCUGUUCUUAAUACCCUCGGCAGGUGGCUCGACGAUCAAGAAAAGCACCUAACCGAGGCGGAACGGCAAGAGAUGGAAGAAGCAGAGUACGAUCCUAUAUUUAUUCCGCUCCCCUUCACCAUGAGGAUGGUCCCGUCCGACCCCUACAAAGGCUCCGACCCGGAGUGGCAAGCCUUUGUCAGAGUUAGCAAGGAUAGAGAGAAAGUUAGGGGGAUUCAACGCGGCCUCGCCGAUCUUGUUCGCAAAACCGCAUCAAGACAUCCUAUGCUUCUCCGGAGGUGCGGCGGGAACAUGGAAGUAGGACGGUAUUGGCUCGACGUACAGUACCCAUCCCGACCACCGCCGACGUUCGUCCGGAAAGGAAUAUCAAUAGGUGACGACGGUACUUAUAUCGCAGAGGAAACUGUCGAUGCCGUGACUGCUAUCCGAGUGCGACGUGCUCUUUGGCCAGAUACACUUACCCUGUCAUUAUGGAGCUUCUCGGGAGCAUUAUUAAAGCAGAAUGCUUCAAAUUUUGCUAAAUUAUUUGGAUACGCGCCCGCUCACCCAGAUACCUCCUUUCAACAGGCCGUCGAGAAGCUGAAGCAGUCCACCGAAGAACCCAAUUCUAAAACUCCAAAGUCUCUUUCAUCUACAAAUACGCGGGCAACUGGUAGUUCGUCAACGGACCCGACUUCUCCUGUCGAGAAAAGAUCUGCUGAAACGACACCAGAUCACAGGCCCUCGACAACCUCUUCCGGUUCGGGGGUGAGUAGUCCGGUCCCAAUCAUCCCCAACGCCGAGCCAGGCAAACCCAAGAGCGCCAAAGACAUGUACGGUAUCAAGACUACGCAAGAACAUACCAGUGGACCAUGGCAUGCAUUUAAACAAACCUUUGUACAGACAUGGCGACCCAUCGGCGGGUUUCCUCCGCGGGGGGCGAUAUACGUGGCUGGGCUUGUAGAAAUUACAACCCAGCGUGCUUUUAUCACAAUCGACGUCACCGCGUGGUGGGACCCGAAGACGGAGGCGUUUGACAUGAAGAGCACUACUUUCCGUCUCAAAAUGAUACGUGAGAGGACGCAAAGCCCCCUAAGGUGAAAUAAGCAGCAGGUCAAACUAGGGCCGUAGAAAUCAUCACAAAUGACAUUAACAGGUAAAGUUGGCGUUUAGGGGGGGAGGGG